CUAUCGUUAGUCUUCAUCGAACUGACGAGUGCGUGAAUGCUCAUCAUACAUCAAGGUUUUAUACGCAAUAUGACUGUUCAAUUAAUAUUAAGUAGAAAUAGUGUUAGAUUAAUGUUAGGUUGUAGGUUUGGAAAACUUUAUAAGGUUUCAAGAAGAGUUUUUUCCAAAAGUUCUCUUUAUGGUGCUUCGUUGGAACCGGUACCUAGUAAUCCUGUUAUAACACCACCAGAUGUGUUUAAAGCAGAAAAGCCUGUCAGCACUAUUGAACAUUCUUCAAAAUUCAAGUCCUUGGCAGAAUACAGAUUUCUUUUUCCAGAGUUUUUACCAAUGGCUCAGAUGAAUAAACGUCACAGAGUUCGAGAAAUAUUGGAAAGAAUGGAUAUGCUUACUAGGAGAAGCAUAAUUGUUAUACCAGAGUUUUAUGUUGGAAGUAUUAUGGCAGUGACAGUUUCUGAUCCUUGUGCACCAAGGAAACAAAAUAGAUUUGUUGGAAUCUGUAUCAUAAGGGAGGGACAUGGUCUUCGAUCAUUUUUUACACUCCGCAAUGUUGUUAAUAAUCAAGGAACUGAAAUCAGAUACGACUUGUACAACCCAACCAUUCAAAAGAUUGAAGUCCUACGACUAGAAAAAAGAUUAGAUGACCACCUUAUCUACUUACGUGAUGCUCUACCUGAAUAUUCAACUUUUCCAUUUGACAUGGAACCCGAGGUCCACUUGGAGAGUAAUCCUGUGCCUGUUAAUCCCAUCAAAGUGAAGUUGAAACCUCGUCCAUGGUAUGCUCGAUGGGAAAGGUUUAACCUGAAAGGAGUAGAAAAUCUAGGCCUACCAGAGAGAUUUUACAAACGAGCUCAAGAGCUAGCAAUGGAAUGGCAAAAGUAUGAUAUGAUGAAAGAAUAUCGAUCCACUAUUUCUUUGGAGGAACAAGAUGAGAUCUGGAAGAAUGUACAUCAACAUAAAUUGAAGAUGGAACAAGCCCUUCAACAAGAUAGAAGAAAGAGGACAACUUUAGCAAAAGUCUAAGAUUGUUGUUUUUUUAUACAUAACUGUAACAACAUUUUUUUCAUAUUUUGUACCAGCUUCACUAUAAAAGAUAAUCAGUAAUCUUCAGAAACUUCAGUUAGUGGUACAGUAUUCUUGUAGGUUUUGUAUUGGAGGUAUUCAUUACCCUCACUUACAUUUUCCAAGUUAUCUAAUUUAUGACAUAGAGUAACCGAUUUCUUUUGUAGUUGUUACAGCAUAUGAGUAGAAAUUUCAUAGGUUUAUUGAUCCAUCAUCAAAUAAUCUUUCUGUUAUGUCAAAUUGGACAAGGCUUUCAUGAUGUUUAAAAUAUUCUCCACUCCUUAGUGAUGUUUCUCCUAAACCCACAGCAUAAAAUACUGCUUAAUAGAUAAUUUAAACUGUGUAAAUAAUCAGCUGCUGAUACUAUUAUAAAGUGUCUAAUAGCUUGUUACAUGAAACGAUAUACAAACAUGAGAGAAAAUGCUGUUUAGAUUAGUAUUUGAACAGUUCAGUGUUUAAAGAAUAAAAGUUUUAAUACAUAUAAGGCCCACAACAAAUGAAUAUUUAGUUCUCCAUAUGAAAUAUAUAUAAAGUUUUGCUAGUGGAGGAAGAAUUUAUGUACAGGGUGUAACAAAAGUCUGGACCCAUAGGGAAAAAUGCACAAUGGAUUCUUAAUUUAUUUAUUUAUUCAAAUUGCAUGACAUUAACAGCCAUAUACUAAUUAGUUCUUGAUAUAUUGUACCAUCAUGGUAUUUUCUUUAGUAAAAUAUGUAUAACUGUCAUUAGAAAUGUGUUUAACUUUAAUAAUAUAAUGUCUAUUUUCCCUAUGGGUCCAGACUCCUGGGACACCCUGUACAUUGUUUAUAGACAUCACAAGAUCUUUUCACUUAAAUUCAAACUGCUUACAGAAUGACCAUUUAAUGCACACAAAUGAGCAUUUCAUUUGUAUUAGCAAUUUGUUUACAUUAUAUACUAUUUAACUUGCUGUACCACCUCACAAUAGAUAAUGUCACCCACAGACACAAAAAUGAUAUGAUUUUUCCUCAUUUGUGUUUAGAGCUUCAACAAUCUGCACUCAUGAUUGUGCUUUAAGACCAGAGUUAACUUACCUGAAACGUAGCUAAAGAUAGAUGACAUAAUCCCAAACUUAUUGAUAGAUUGCACAAAAAAGAUAACAAUAAAUUUAAAAUGUCAUCAUAUACAAAGUUAAAGGGAAAUGACAAAAUUGAUAACAUGAGGGAUUGUUUCUCAACAUGAAGAGGCAACAUAAUCCAAAAAUAUAUAGAAUGUAGUGUAACAUUCUCUCUGUGUUGUAAACUAAAUAAUUUUCUCACAGGUAUAAAAGAUAGAAUAGAAGUUGAUAAAUGUAGGAUUAACCAAAUUUUUUGUGUCUGAGGUCAAAUUUACAUUAGUCAAACCUGGAGAAAUUUGACAUUUAGGAGCUAGGAACAAAAAAUGCAGUAGAUAAAUAUAAAGUAAUGAGUCAGCUUUAGUAGAACAAUAACUUAUGACAAAAUUCUUAAAACCAUGAUCAAAGAAAAGAGAUGAGAUUGCCUUAACAGAAGUUUAAACUAUGCAACUUGCAUUGAAAAAUUCACCAAGUACACGCACAGAAUGUUGUAGGACAGGUUGGAUUUAUAUACAUGGUUAAAUAGCAAAAAGUUGAGAAUGAAUAACAUGGUGAAAGUGAUGAAUAAGCUGAAUAACUUGAUUAAGAAAAAAAGAGGAAAGUUUAAAAUGUAAAUCUAACAAUGAAAUUCCAACCUUGGAGGAUAAAUAUAGUACUGUCGACCCUAAAGUUGUUAACUUAUCAAAUGAGAAUGUCUCAUUUAAUCAAAGGGAAAUUUUAAGUAUAGACUAAAAAUUUUCAGUUAAUAAUUUUUCAGAGAGAGAGAGGGGAAUUUAUUGUGGCAACAGGAAGAUGUUUAAAAUAGUAGCAGUUAAUGAUAGGAUGAAACAUAAAGUUAUAACAGAACUAGCCAAUGAAUUAUUGAACCAAAAAGGUAAACCUAAACUUAAUUUAAGUAAGGAUAAAGUAGAACAGUUAUGGGCUUUAAAAAACAAUGUAACUUUGUAAUUAUCAAGACAGAUAAUGGAAGCCACGUUGUAAUUUUGGCUAAAACAGUUUACAAACAAAUAAAAAAAGGGACCCCAUCACCUUGGUUCAUAAUAAGUUAAAAACUGCAGUAAAAAAAUUCAGUCUUUUGAUGCUGAAAGAAAGAAAGGACUUUGUUUCCUCAAGAUUUAUUUUACCCAAUUUUCCACAUUACCCAAAAUCCAUAACAUUGGUACUCCUUUUUAUCCACGAAAGAAACCACUGCUUUUGGGCUUUUUUGAAGUAUUGACAUCAUUACCUGUCUCCCUCCUCAAGUCUAUACCAGUUGCAUUUCAAUUGAUCCUCCAUCACAUUCACAGCAGUAUCUACUAUAUCUGGUACGUUCACUGCAAUAUUUAACUUUUACACUUUAAAGGACCCAUAAUGCACUAAUAAAUAAAAUUGAAUAUAUUCAUAAUAGAUCAUGUAUUCAGAAUGCUGAAAAAUAUUCAAGUAGAAAUAUCUGAUGAUUUUUACAUGUAUCGAGUAACGUAGUAGAAAACUGGCAUGCAGUAGUGCAACCUUAUUAUUUGUAUUUGUUCCACACACAUAUGUUGCCUCAAUUGUAGAGGUUAGUGGUAGCCAGAAAUAUAACAUUUCUAACUUAGUAGCUGCUAUUAGUUUAAUUUAAGUUUGUAGUUAGUGGACCAUAAGGUGAGAUUAACCUAAUGCAUUGUAGUCUCUGAUUGUUACUGCUUUUCACAAUAACACUUAAAAUCUACACUGUAAAAUAUAUAUGUGAUAUUCACACACAAGUUAAGUACUAUUUAGUUGAAUGAAAGGGAUUAACAAAUGAAAUUUGGUAGAAUAUUUGAUGACACACUGACUGCUGACAAGUACAGGCACAUUCUUGUGCAUCUUUCCAUUCCCUGAGGAAUACAGCUCAUUGUGCAAGAAUUCAUCUUUCCACCAUGACAAUGAUUCCAAGCUUACACCAAAUGUGGUGAAGCAAUGUUUUGAGUCCUAUGAAACACUCACAACUAAGGCUUGGCCUGCACAAAGUCAUAACAAGUAUAGUCUUAGAGCUGUAUGGGCUUAUUUAAAAAGUGGGAAGGUCAAAAGGUGACCAUCUGGCUAUGUUGCAGGGAAUAAUACAGGAAAUUUGGAACAAAAUUCUAUAAUUGUACAUUGAUUACAUGUAUUCAGGAUUAAAACAAGGUAUAAUGCAUUGUACAACUUACCGGCUUUUCUGUUUUCUGGUGUGAUGUUUUAUGCUAUUAAGGAAUUUACCAUCUAAUUGCUAUUUUCUAUUUGUGAUUCUAGUAUGUAUAUUGCUCGUGUAUUUCCAUAAUUAUUCCCAUUACUGUAUAUGUAAUAAUGUUUAGUUUUCUUUACAUUUGAAAAAAUUAUGAGUAGUUAGUAUGGCACUCUGGCGGUGGCAGUAAACAUGCACCACUCCAGGUCUUAAGGGUCAUUGAACAUAGAAGUUCACUAUGGCAUGAGGGGUAGAACAGUUAAUUGACCUAAUUAAUUAGAUAUACAUAUUAAUUAAUUCAAUUUGCAUAUCAAUUAAAUGUUAAUCAUGCAAUUAAUUAAUAUAUCAUUAAUUAGAUAUUAAUUUUCAUUUGCAUAGUAUGUAAUGACAGAUAAUUAAAGGAAGUGAUACUAAUUAUUUAACAUAUA